AUGGCUUCAGCAAAAGCCCUUCUCCUUUCACACCUUUCUCUCAUCCUCCUCCUCCUCCUCCUCCACUGGGCGAAGGUGAGGCUGCAGUGUAAUAACACCAAGUCCGGCAUGACGGAGCAAGCCACGACCGACAAGAACGGCUACUUUUGCUUCCUGCCGAAGAGGGUCACAACGGCGGCGUUCCACAAGUGCAAGGUCUUCUUGGUGUCGUCACCGGUGAGCAACUGCAGCGUUCCGACCAACUUCCACGGCGGGUUCGCCGGCGCACUCCUGAUCCCUAGCCGCACGCCGCCGCCCAAGCCGGCACCGCACCUGCAGUUCUUUAACGUUGGGCCGCUCGCCUUCGACGCCCCCAAGAAUCUGACGUGUCACUACUAG